CGUAAACAUCGUAUAUAAAAUGAGGGUAAAAGGUAAAUACGAUCGAUACAACAAGCUAACUAGGUAGGAACAAUUUUAUACAUUUUCAUAUCAUUUGAAGUCGAACAAGAUAACUAAUCGCAUUGGUGAAUGAAAAUGGAACCUGCGAAUUGGGCAAGGCGUUGUUGUUUGGGUAUUGGUGCUUGGGUUGUAGGGGGCAUAGUGGUUGCCUCCCAGGUGUGGGACAUAUGGAAUGCCUUUGGAUUUUUUCUUCCAAAAGAACAUAUACAUCUGCUGGAUUUGAUCUUUAUGGGAUUCUGCAUCACUCUUUUUGCGAUGCCAAUUAGUGUAGUAAUUAUUGCACUAAAAUAUCGGGCAUUUGGCCGUAACAGGUUUCCUUUGACGUCCUUGCUUUCCGCACUUGUAUUCUGGUCUCUUAAUAACGAGCCAAAUCGCUUGGAAUGGCUUCGAGUGCACUGUCUUCUUGCGGUGGAUUUAUUUUUGCAGGCCCUCGGGUUCCUCUGGUUUGCGGUUAAAUACUUACACGCAUCUCACCAUCUCACGAUCAUUGUUGUAUCCAUUUUAUCCCCACUUGCACUCAUACUGCUUUGUUAUUCCAUCGCCAUCAUCACAUAUUUGCAUAAACAAUCGCCACCCAUCGUCGAAGCUAUGUAAUUAAUUUGUACGCAAGCUAGCAAAUAAUGGAGCCUAUUUAUAGGCCGGUCCUGAUAUUUUAUGGGCCCGGGG